ACAGCCCCUCCUAAUAUUUUAAAAAAAUAUUGGUUGGCCUCACUGUAACAUAAAGUUCGUGUGAAAAGUACCGAGUACGAGAAAGAGCAAAGAGCUGAUAACCUAUCGAAUAUGUAUUAACAAUUUUCUUUUAUUAUUUUAACUAGUUUAUUAGGUUCUGUUCUAUUCACUUCAGUAUAAUGAAGAAUCAGCUGGUCUUUUUUCUUCACAUAAUUUUUAUUACGACAGUUACCUCAAAGACACACUCUGUUAAAGAUUUAAAAAACGUAUUUAAAGAUGAGCUCUGCAUAGAAGGUAAUAUUAAUAGUAUAUAUUCCAAAAAGACGGACACUGUGGUUGUGAAGAGUACAAAAACUGAAGGUCUUCUCAACCUUACUUCUGUAGGAACAGUACAGGAGUCUGAAAAGCCAGUAUUAUCCAGACUGAAUGAACUAGUUGGCUUCAAUCAAAUUGACUAUUAUUUCAAACUUGAAAAUGAAGAGGGUCCUCCACAUAAUAGGUUGUUUACAGUAGAACUAACCUUAGGCAAAGAAAAAUAUAUAGGAAAAGGAAAAAGUCUUAAAAAAGCCAAACAAGAGGCUGCCACAAAAGCUUUAGAAAAAACUGAAUAUGAUUUUCCCGAAAUAAAAAACAAUAGCCCUGAGGAUAUAGAGGAACUCACUCCCACUGUUCUUCUAAAUAAUAUAGCCUCUAAAUUGGGUGUUGGAGUUACAUAUUAUCUUCUAGAUAAAAAUAAAGAGGAAAUACUCCAUUCCAACAUCAUUAUGACUGACAAAAAGAAAUCAUAUUUGCAAAGACUGAAUGCGUCUAUUUACAAUGACAAAAAAUUAAGAAAAAAGAAAGAGAUAGAGUCAACCAAGGGUCCAUUUAGGCUGAAAUUGAAAUUUGCUGAUUAUACAUUCUUUACAACUUCACAUUCAAUACAGGGAGGAAGACAUGAAGUUGCUGUACAGGCUCUGGAAUACUUGGUUAAAAACAAAGACAGUCUAGAUAUCGCUUGUUUGCAGGAAGGAUCUGAAGCUGAAUGCAAGCAGAAUAAAGAUUACCUGAAGUCACCUAUCUCCAAAGUGUAUGAAGAAGCCGAAAAAAGGAAAAUGAGUAUAGAAUGUGAAGUCAUAAAAGAAUCUGGAAUGUCUCACAAGAAAAAAUUUAAGACUGAAUGUAGAUUGGGUGAUAUUAUAACAGAAGGUGAAGGUUUUUCUAAAAAAGAAUCAAAAAGAGAUGCUGCUAUCAAUAUGUUGGCAAAAAUAGCUGAAUUGGAGCCUCUUCCAAUAGAGGAAGAAGCUAGAAAUUUUAUAAAAAAUGACAAGAAACAAAAGAAUAGGAAGAAAAAUAAAAAGAACAAGCUGAUCAAGACUAAGUUUGAUGAGAUUGGGAUGAUGCUUGACAAAGUGGGAGAAUCUAUUAAAACAAUGACUACAAAUAUUUUUGGAGAGGAAGAUCAGCCUACUGAUUCAAAUGAUUCAAGUGGAUAUGAUGCAAAACCUAAGGAAGUAAAAUCGAACAAGAAAAGUCAUAAACAACAGCCAAGAACUAAACAAUCAUCAUUUCAAGAUGAACUGUUAGAAUUAAGCAACAUAUUAGGUUUUGGAAUAUCUUAUAUAGAUAUUUCUGAAAAAGAUAAACAUGCAUCUCUACUAUCUCUUUAUACCAAUCCAGAAUAUAUUUGUUUUGGUGAAGGCAAAACUGAGUCUGAUGCUAGAAAUAGUGCUGCUGAUAACGGCUUAGAUUUGCUGGAGAAAAUUGGUAUUUAUGAUUUAUUUCAAGAACAGAAGGAAACCAAUUUGGAGAGGGAAACCAAAGAAGGAGUAAGAAUUGCCAUGAAGCACAUAGUUUCAGAAAAGAAAGAGGAAUUGUGAUAAACUGCCCAGUAAUUUUGUUUAGUAUGUUUAUCUUUUUUUGAAGUUUAAAUUAUAUAUUUGUUAUUAAUAAAUAUUUUAAAUUAUA